UCCCCGCUGAGCGCACAUGGUGCGUUCUCGCAACAAAGACCUGAUUCAGGAAACGUUUGUUUGUGAAAUCUGGCCGACACCUGCUGCUAAACCGCAAACACCACUGAGUGGGAAUCAUCCACUCGUAGACACGUAGCUUUAGAAGGUCGGAAAGUCGGGCGCAAUAUUUUGAGGAAGAAGCCGCUCAGAUGCCGUACAUUCAGAAGAUGUGUUUGUCUUCUGUUUCUGUUGUUUUUGUUUCUCUAACAGUUGCUUGUGUUUUCUCGUUUGCUUUGGCAGACGCACAGUUUCCAAGUGGACCCCAUGUGUGUCGUUCUCAGACCCCUGAAUCUCCAUGUUGCCCAGGGUGGUCCCAGAUCUACUCCAAGGGACCCUGUGUGAUGCCUAUAUGUAGCUUUCCCUGUGGAGAGGGACUCUGUGUCAGACCAAAUACCUGCAGAUGUGUUGAUGGAUCAACAGCCAUUACCUGUCCUUCUUCAUCACCAACAACAUCAUCUUCGUCAUUAUCUACAUCUGACCAAACAGAAGUUUCAGAUUCCAGAGCUGCCAAUUAUUUGCAAACAUCUCAAGGACAAUUUCAGCCAACACGAGUAAAGGAACAAGAAAAGCCCUCCAUCUUAACUCGGGCAUCUUCAAGGCAACUGCCACAAGUGUUACUGGCAUCUUGGCAGCAACAAAAACCACCUUCAUACGGACAACCAUCUCAACCACUUCAGCCAGCACAACCUGCCAAUACUCAACAAUGGCCACUUCCUCAGCAGACACAGUUUCAGAGACAACAGUGGCAACCCUCACAAUUUCCCAGUCAGCAGUCACACCUAACACAAUCAGUGGGUCAGCAAUCUCAACCAGCACAAUUGCCCAGUCAGCUGUCACACCUAACACAAUCACAAACAUGUGACACCCUUAAGUGCAGCCAGAAAUGUAUCACAGUAGGAAACACACCACAGUGUGUAUGUUUGGAGGGUUUUUUACUCACAAGUAAUGGACAUACAUGUAUAGACCAGGAUGAAUGUGCUGGGGCUCACCACUGCCAGGAGAGCUGUGAAAACACUCCGGGAAGCUUCAUUUGUACGUGUCAUGCUGGCUUUACUCUGGAGGCAGACGGGAGAACAUGUCGACCCAUUGGAGAUGUUUCAAGCAGUUCUUGCAGUGGAGACGGGCAGACAUCUGGCAAUUGUAACAACCAAAAAGAAGUACGAACUCCACAAUUCAACUAUCCCAUCAAACCUUCAGAUGAUACUACAAACAUCUUUGGAGGCAUGCAUCACCGGAGCAAUGGGGGUCUUGAAACCAAGGUCGCCCCUGACCCCAAGGUCAAUGUCAAGGUCACUCCACCCACCCGAGCUCAAGCAGACAUCCCCUACUGGGCCAGUUACACAGGAUCAGGAUAUUCAAAUUACUACCAGCCUAGUUUCAGCAGUAAUCCCUUUAUUAGAUUUUCUUCCUACAGGACCAUGGCUCAGCCAUCUUUGUUCAGUCAGAACCCAAGUAUGGAGCAGGCCUUCCAGGAGUACAUGGGUCCAGGCAUCACCUCACCUUGCACCUCUGGAGGGUGCCUGAGUCAGGGACAGAGUUCUCAGUAUAACCCAACCCCAAACUUCCAGUCUUUUAACCCUCAAAGAAACUAUGCCAACCAGCAACAGCCCUGUUACCAAGGUAACUGUCAGCAGGGUCCUGGGUUUCCAUGGCAACCCCAGGGAAAGCCUGCUGCCACAAUGAACCAACAGGUCAUAUACAGUCAGGCCUCCAUGCCACAGCUGACGCCAGGGGCAAGGAACAAUGCAUGGCAACCUCAGUCACAGGGGUCAGUAGGUCAAGGUCAGCCAUGUUAUGGGGUCAGUUGUGGGUCAGCAGUUGGUCCAGUUGUGCCCCAGCCCUGUACCAGUGACUGCAGUGGCCAGGCUGUGUUGCCGUGGCAACAGGUACCCUGUGUGUCAAACUGUGGUCCCGUAGCCUGGCAGCAGACGGUACCAGUGGCACCUCAACCUGUCCCACCUCAGCCAUGUGUGGGCUCUGACUGCUUUCCUAAGAUGCCAGAUAAGAUGAUGCCUCCUUGCAUAGGCUCAGGCUGCCAGAAGAAGACCAUAGCAGCAUCAGUACCUCAGGCUCCACAACCAUGUCAGACUACAGACUGUGUUCAGUCAGGUCCUGUAAUGACACCACCAUGUCAAGACUCUGGAUGUAUUCAGCCUAGUGGAGUACAGCAGCCCUGUCUGGUCCCAGAUUGCAUUCAGCAGGCUGCAAUGGUUCCACAGCCUUGUCAAGACACUGACUGCUUACCCCCUGGGGCAGUGCUGCAGCAGCCAUUUUGGCCACAGGCUCCUGGGAUAUCAUCAGUACAGUCUGUGCCCUGUGUGUCUACAGUAAGCUGUAACCUGCCUUGGCCCUGGCAGGUUUUCUCUAAUGGUGGUCAGAAAACACAAACCCCAGGUAAACCACAAAGACCUGACACCUCAAGUCAGCCAUGUAAGGGUGGGAACUGUGGCAGCAAUGUACCGCAGGGACCUCUACAACCAAGACAGCCUACACCCCAAGUUGUACGUCAGCCUCGUCCCCAGUCUCGCCAGCCAGUGAGAACGACCACAACAACACCAGCUCCGCCACAGUUCCAAAGUCGUCCCCAGGCACCAAAUGUGGUGUGUCCUCGAGGAUGGGUGAUGAGAGGAGGUCGUUGUGAGCAGCGUCGCCAUGGGAGACCAGAAAGGCCGACCAGUAGGGAGUGCAGUCCACAGUGCGCCAAUGGAGGUUCCUGUGUAGACGGCAGAUGUGUGUGUCGACCUGGGGUGACUGGAAAGACUUGUAAAACAGAUAUCAAUGAGUGUGAGGAGAGGCGUGGGUAUUGUCAGUACCAGUGUCGUAACACAUUUGGCAGCUUCAUGUGCACGUGCCCCUCUGGUUACACUCUCAAUGCUGACAGGAGAUCCUGCAAACCUAUUGGUUGCAUGCCAGACUGUAUGAAUGGUGGAACUUGCAGACAGGGACGCUGUUACUGUAGACCAGGAUUUAGAGGAGACAGCUGUCAAGAUGACAUUGAUGAAUGUAAGGACCAUGGUGACAACCUGUGUGAGAGUAUCUGCAGGAACACAUAUGGAAGUUACGUGUGUUUGUGUCCUCCAGGAGCCAGACUCAACUCUGACAAAAGGACAUGCUCCAACUCGGCUUGUAGCCCUCGUUGUCAGAACAAUGGCGUCUGUGUCAAUCAUCGCUGUCUCUGUAAACCUGGUUACCAUGGCAGAACGUGCCAAUUAGAUGUGAAUGAAUGUGAUCACUUCCGGCCCUGCAGUCACAAUUGUACCAACAUUGUAGGGAGUUUUAAGUGCUACUGCCCUGGAAAUCUUGUACUCGAUUACGAUCAUCGCACGUGCGUACGACCAGAGACGGCCAUUCCCGGGUCUGCCGUACUUCGUUCACAGCCCACCGGUGUCGCCUCUUGGCGGGAUGAUGAUAAAGAUAAAGAUAGGGUUGACUCCGACGUUGUAGAUUCCUCAGUCGACAAUCCAAAAGAGAGCAAAGUCUUGACAACACCAGUAUCUCCAUUGUUCCCAUAUCUUGACGAUGUUGAUUCUAAACCUAACGCUUUUGUGAAUAAAGACGGCAAACUUAUUGAUGUCAUAAACCACAGAGGCAUGAAGUUUAUGAAAGUGCACAUGGAUGAUAAAUCAAACCCGCAGGAGAAAUUCACUGAGCUCAAGAGUGAUUUUACAUCUGGCAAAUCACUGCCAACCAAGCAGCAAGCUCCACAGGCUCUCGUUCCUCCUCUGAAUGUGGGUCUUCCAACCAAUCAGGGACAGGGAUUUGAUACUGUGCGGCGAGGUUAUGAUGCCAGGGGACCAGAGCGUGGAGACAUCAGCCCUGAAGAACACUAUGGUUUCCAAGACUUAUGGAGGCAAACUCAGCCUACCAACCUAAAAACUGGCGAUUCAGAACAGUCACAAAAUGGCCAACAAAAUCAUAAUGGCGGCCCACCUCCCAGUAACUUGCCCACUAUAGUUAAAUCUCAAGGAAACAUGUUCAAGCCACCUUUUUCAAAAUCAACUCACAUAGAUGAACACGAUGGCUCCGUGAUGACCAAAGAAGACAUGGGUGACGAGACAGUUAUCAAGCGUGUCAUACCCGGCCAGGCUGUUAUCACCUAUAAGAUAAUACGUGAGGGAGAUGUGGAGGUGGAGUAUGUUGAUAAGGACAGAGGUCCUGGUAACGUGCUGCCUCCUGGUGGUGAUAUAUAG